AUGUCGAUUGAUCAGGAGUUUCUCCGCCACCUAAAUCCGCCGCAGGUGGUGGUGAUCAGAGAGUACAAGGAAGAGACUGACAAGGCAGCAGUGGAGGCCUUGGAGAGCCGAUGUGAUUUCCGGCAGCGGCGGAAGCCUUCCCUGGUCACCAAUCUGUUGGGCGACCCUCUUUGCCGCGUCCGCCAUUUUCCCUUACAUGUUAUGCUGGUUGCUGAGCAUGGAGAGGAGGGUGAAAUAGUGGGAGGAAUAAGGGGUUGUAUCAAGACAGUAAGCAGAGGGGAGAAGCAUCCAGUUUACAUAAAGCUGGGUUAUGUUCUUGGACUCAGGGUUUCACCCACCCACAGGCGACUAGGUAUCGGCACGAAACUCGUUCAACGUUUAGAAGAAUGGUGCAUGAAAAAUGGCACCGAAUAUGCUUACAUGGCGACUGACUCACAGAAUGAAGCUUCAUUAAACUUGUUCACGCUGAAAUGCGACUACAUCAGGUUUCGUAGCCCCAUAAUUUUGGUGCAACCUGUUCACGCCCACAACAAGCCGUUGAUCUCGGGUGUGGUGAUUAAACGUCUUGACCCACAACUGGCUGGCUCGGUUUAUCGAAAAGUGUUGGCAAACUCGGAAUUUUUUCCCAAGGAUAUUGAUGUAAUUUUGAAUAACAAGCUUAAUUUGGGAACUUUCAUGGCCAUACCCAAGGGGUAUCUUGAUAACUGGGAUCCUAAAAUGACCAUAUUACCCCCUAGCUUUGCUAUAUUAAGCAUAUGGAACACGAAGGAGGUGUUUCAAGUUCAAGUGAAGGGGGUGUCACCACUAACGUAUGCAGAGUGCGCAGGAAGCAGGGUGCUGGACACGUUGAUGCCGUGUUUAAGGUUGCCUUCGGUUCCGAAUUUCUUCGAGCAGUUUGGGGUUUAUUUCUUGUACGGACUCCACAUGAGAGGCUAUGGAGCUUCACGGCUCAUGAAGUCGUUAUGUGGAUUUGCACAUAACAUGGCUAGGGACGACAACAUAUGUAGGGCCGUUGUGGCAGAAGUGGGCCACAACGACCCAAUGAGAGAGGUGGUCCCACAUUGGAGGAAAUUUUCAUGGGCUGAAGACAUAUGGUGCAUCAAGAAGCUUGGACCCGCGAAGGAGGAUAUCAACAAGAAUUGUGGACCACACGAUUGGAUAAAAUCUAGAUCGUCCCCUCCGGUGAUCUUCGUUGACCCUCGUGAUUUUUGACUUCCAAUUAC